AUGGCUCUGCCCAUAUAUCAACGUGUUGCCGGGCGUAAAUCCUCUAUAGACUUCAGCGCCAGCUUUCAUCUGUCCGGUACCCAAUUGCGGCAAGUCUUUUCUACGGAAGGGCCAUCUGAACCGGCACCGUCGCAGUCACCGGCCAUGUCGUCCUCACAAAUGUUUCAUAUGCGCUCGGAGCUUUGCCAGAAGUGCGUCCGACAGCCGUCAAGCGUACAGGCGGCUAAUUUGACAGCAAUAGAGUAUGACACCAACGAUGACACCGAGAUAUACUAUGAUGAAGAAGAGAAGGAAACGCCAAGUUUGAAGGUUUCUCAUAACGAGCUAGCCAUGUGCCAAGGCAAUGGCAAGGAACUUUUGCCGUUUCUGGUAGACAAUGAUGCAGGUUGGAUGGCCGAGGCUUCUGCACUGUUUCCAGAGAGUACAAUUAAUGAGGCCCCAAUACUCAGCUUCGGCAAUCUCGAGUCGCCGGAAUCAGUGCCGAGCUUGAUUUGGUCCCCUCAGUUUGACUGUCAAUCGGAGCAUACAUCGUCUGCCGCAGUUUCUCAAACCUCGUCGAACACGUCUACACAAUCCAGUCUUGAUGAUUUCCACAAAAUGUGGCCCCAUAUACACCAACUCACGAUACAACACGCACCAUCAUCCGGUCUGCUAGGUCAGGCCUUGCAAUCCGUUGCUCAUAAUAUCACAAAUGUCCUUGACAAUGUAAACCUAGAUGAAAUUGCAUGUCGGCUUUUGUUAUCGCAUCCUACCAGGAAACAAUCUUCACCUGUUUCCCUUUAUGAUCUCCAGGUCCUGUCUGUUGUACUCAUCACUGCUGUUAGCCAGGAGAUGACACCUGCUAUCGCCACUUGGGCUGCUCAGUGGAUUGAGAUUGCUGUCAGCGCCAUGCGCCGCCUGGGAAUAUUAAUUGAACGCUCUUGGGAGCCGCCAAGUUGCUCAUCGUGGGCAGAUGGCGAAGCCUGGGUUCGAGGAGAAGAGAGUAAAAGACUCGUCUACACCAUGCUUCGCAUCGACACCUAUCUCAGUAUUAUCACCGGCCGGCCCCCAUCCCUUCGAGUCCAAGAAUUGCAGCUUCCGCUACCCGUCACAGAGGAUCUUUGGAGGGCACCGACGAUCGCAGCCAGGCGACAACUGUACUGGUUUGAACCCACUGGGCGGGCUUGGACCACACUAAGCGCCAUCGUGCGAGAUAGUCUUAUCCAGUCUCGGAAUCAGAUUGCUGGCACGGCUGGUGUAGCUCCUUUGUUACCAGCAGAUAGUCACUUGGGCCUCUGUGCUCUCCAAGGAGAAAUAUGGGCGACGGUACAAGAGACAUACAACCUCAGCCAUGGAACGUUAGAUUCCAGACCAUCAUGGCAUGCACCUGAGUCUGUGCAGUUUUGGCAUGACUAUCUUGUACAUUGGAAGACAAUCCAUCAUGGACCUGAAUCAUCCUCAGCGCAGAUCGACGACCCAACAUGGAAUAGCCUCAACACAAUACAAUUCCAUCUGUGCCAGUUGACGCUCCAUGCUCCCUUGUCGCUACUCGAGUCGCAUCAAUGUUGCACGCGCUGUCGUGCUGCGGACAUCACAGCCAUGCUGCAUGAUUGGGCAUCGUCGUUGGAAGCUCGACGCGCGGUAUAUCAUGCAGCCCAGCUGCAGCGUUUGGUUGACAGUCAGGCUGGGUUUGUCAAUCCCUUGCAGUCCCCAGCACUUCUUGCAAGCUCUGUGGUCUUAUGUAAUUAUGCUGCAGAAAACAGUUCCCUUCCUAAUGGGAAUCCUAUCGAGCUGUGUCAGGAGCAAGUCUGCGGUUCGUCAGCUAUUGAAAAAUGGGUUCAAUACGGAGGGCCCUCUAUGGUUUCUAGGCGAAUACUUUGUCCAACGAACUUACAAGGUCUGUUCGCAUGGUGUCAAGAGCAGUUAGUGAUGUUUCCACAGAGCCUGGCAAGGCUGCAGGCGUUCAUGGCGAUGCUAUCAUAG